GUUCAUGCUUUACUUGUUAUGUAAUUAACAAAUGGGUUUUCUCUUUGAUUCAUUAGUCUGUGAGAUUUGGGGAUUUCAUAUCUAAUUCUUGUGUUACUUUCUAACAAUGUGGAAUGCAUGUAUUUGAUGCAAUGCCUUUUCUUUUUGACUUUUUGUUGAACUAUUGAAGAGCAAAUUCUGUUAAAAGUCAAAAGCAAAUCCCUAAGAUACAUCCUAUAUUAGAUUCAAGAUGGUUUUCGAGGACAUAAACACUUAAUAAAACAUGAUUUGUGAGAUCUUUUGAUUUUUAAUUAGGAAUGUCGGUGGGAUCUUGGUAAAUUUGGAAUUACCGGUGUUCUUUCUAUCAGUGAAUAUUUAUAGCCAUGAGUAGCUAACAAACGAAAUCUUGAAUACGUUUAUUCAAAAAAUGAGGUGAAAAAGCAUUGUUUUUUAAUACCUGUAAACAUGAUGGAAGUCGACACUACAAGUUCGAUGGUGAACAAUAUUAUGAUGAUGGAAGUGGAUACUGGAAAUUCUCGGCCUUUAGAAGUUUCUACACCUGUAAAAGAAGGAAGGAAGCAUCCGGAAAACAAAGGAAGUAACACCACUGUAUUUAUUAACCAUGGUUUGAUUUCUUGGAACGAGAGCAGACGAAAAUGGAUUGGGGAUCAAUCUCAAAGAUCGCAAAGAGAAAGAACGCCAGAAGAUCCCGUGAUAAGCUGGUCAACGACUUAUGAAGAUUUGCUUUCAAAUAAUGACCGUUUUCCUGAGCCAAUCCCUUUAUCGGAAAUGGUAGACUUCUUAGUUGAUAUAUGGCUUGACGAGGGUUUAUAUGAUUAGAUGAUCAGUUGGAAUUUACCAUAAUGUUCAAAGAAACUUGGAUGAGCAUUGUUCUUUUAUCUUUUGAUGAUUUUUAGGAUCAAUUGUAAGUUAAUAGCAUAAAAAAUUGGCUUUCAAAAGCUUAGGAGGGACCAAGAAGUAGCUUUGUAACAAGAUUUCAUGUACUUAUAAUAUAAACUUCUUAAGGUUUUUGCUA